AUGGCGCUGCGCAAGCGGACUGGAGUAUGUGUCCAGGCCGUGUUUCUAGGGAUUAUGGUCGCGUGGCAAAGUUACCGACUGUUCCAACAAGAGCUCAUUGCACCGAGCCAUGUCUAUGAUGUCGAGGGAACAGCGAAUCCAAAGGCCAUUGCACAGUGGCCUUACCUCGUGGCCUCCACGAUUUUCCUAAUGGAGUUCAUGACCUGCUUCCUGCUGAUCCUGCUGCUGCGUCUGAUGCUCCACUUCAAAGACCCCGGCAGCGGAGAAGUCUUGUUCUUGGGACGUCUUCGGGAGGUGGCUGAAAUGUUAGCCUUCAUCUCCUUCUUCUCUGGGGUGUACUACACCUUCAAGGCCUGCCACAGUGCAGAGCAGCCGCGACACAUGGGAGCUGGCUCCUUCUUUGCGGGACAGAAAGAAUACAGACAAGGAGCGCACAUGCUGCUGUGGACGAUGUUGGCGCCGCAGCAGUGG